AUGAUCGAUUGGACUUGUGACGAUCAAGGUAACCAAGUAGUCACAGAUGUGGCCUUGGGCGACUUCGACAUCGCUUUCAAGAUGCAAGAUCAUAAGCCUCUUCGGACCCACUAUGCAAUAGGGAACGUCAUGUGGCGAAGCCCAGAAGGUCAAACCGGUCGUGGUGUCACAAAGGCAUCAGACGUGUACUCUUUUGGAUUGGUGUGUUUAUAUGCUCUUGGUGGUGGAGAAUUACUCCUCUUGGACAACUAG